UAUUCUUUUCUGCAGUAACCAAGGUAUUAACAAGGCCUCUGUAAGCUGGGGUCAGAUCUUACAACAGUGGCAUGGCCGUACAGAUCAUUAUGUCAAGUCCGACUUUACCAUAAACUACUUAGGGUACUGGACGGACAAUGGUGCGUAUUACUACUACCAGACGGAGAAAGGAAAGAACCAUCAAGACACAAUGUUGGAUAUCAAGAGCUACAUAGGGCCAGAUAGGGGUACCCGUCAGGUACAUUCAGUAUGACGCAUGGUGGUACUACUGGGACAAUGAUCAUGGUGUUGUGACGUGGUCGGCACAGCCAAAAAUCUUUCCAAAUGGAAUGCAGUGGCUUUAUAACAAGACACAGUAUCCCGUCGUGGCCCACAGCAUGUACUGGUCCAGCAAUACAACCUACGCAACUGCAAAUGGAGGAAAGUAUGAAUUCGUCAUCGAUGGUCCAAAGGCAUUGCCACUGGAAGAGAGAUUCUGGACUGAUUUGCUCGCCGAUGCAAGGAAAUGGGGUCUGUUUGUUUACGAACAGGAUUAUCUCGGUACUGAAUUUGAAGGGAUCAAUAAGCUUCUGACUGACAUUGACCUUGGCCGCCAAUGGUUGACUCAGAUGGGGAAUGGUGCUGCCAAGAACGGACUGACCAUCCAGUACUGCAUGUCAUUCCCACGACAUAUGCUACAGUCUCUGGAAAUACCAGUCGUCACACAGUCUCGGGUAAGCCAUGACAACCGACCGAACACGGACAACUGGAAGAUAGGCGUGUCAUCGAUAUUUGCUUUGUCUCUGGGCAUUGCUCCCUACAAGGAUAAUUUUGGACAACCAGCGUUCAACCCGGAAAUGGCUACAAUUUAUCGGAACCCCACACAUCACUUAAUGCUGUGGUUGCAACCUUAAGCACAGGCCCAGUGGGGAUUAGUGACAUGGUGGGAGGCACAAACAAGACACUCAUCAUGAAAUCUGUAAAUGCUGACGGCCUGAUCUUAAAACCAUCUCGACCGGCGACUGCAAUUGACAACAGAAUACGGAGG